AUGAAAUUCUUUCCUUGUGUUUCCCAAUCGGAAGCCUCAAGCGAGAGCGAGAUCAAAACCUUGCUCCAAAAUGCCGAGAUGUGUAUGAUUUCAAUUCCGAGUAUUGGUAAUGUGGGACAAUUAGCCAUGGAUUUCAUAAUUUCCAGUUUUUCGGAAAAAUCAUUUUCAAAGAUUAAAAAGCUGGGUUAUUUAGAGACUGGCUUCCUGUUGAGUUGUGUUGGUAAUGAUCCCUAUUUUGCUCCUUCCGAAUCUUCUCAUCACGGAAAGCUUCAUUCUGCAUUAGAGGUUUAUUCUUUACAAUUUUAUCAAAACGAUCAAUCGGUUGGACCAAAUAUUAUUUUGAUUCAUUGUCGGUCCAUUGUUAUUUACCCAACACUUUUUGUGAGAGAUUUGAAUGAGUGGCUUUCGAAAGGAAAUACAGAUGAUGGAGAAUACUUUUUGAAGAAUUUACAAACUCUGGUUUUACUCAGCUCAGCAAAUGCUGGACUACAAGAUGAUCGAUUUAUUCAGCGCAUUCAAGAGUCUCCUAUUGAGUUUGGAUUAGCAUCAUUAGCAUUUGAUGCAAAUUUGGCAAACGAUUCUCAAUUCCCAUUGACCUCUUUCCUGACCACUAUUCCAAGAAUUGAUAAAGCAACUUAUCCAUUAUUUUUCAGUGCUGUGAACGCCAAGUUGCUUGAAAACGAAGAAACACUUGCAAAGGAAAAACAAGGCAAUGACACUGUGAGAAAGUUGAAUCGUGUGAUUGUUUUUAUGAUUUGCAACGAAGGAGAAAACUCUUUACAUGGCAUCUCGCUUUGUAAGGCCGUCACAGGGGAGAUAUUGUUACCAUAUCUCAAAAGAAUGAACGUUGGCUCAACACCAUUGGAUCAUUUGGAAAGCAUUGAAUGGAAAGCACCUUACAGCUGGAGAUACUUUUAUGGGCCUCCUGUUUCUGAUAUCAAUUUGUAUAAUUAA